UUUCUUUUUCGCCCCUGGCACUUUCGCUUUAUUCUUUUCGUCAUUUUUGCUUGUUGCCAAUGGUGUUCAUACCCGACGAGCCACCGCGGCAUUCGCUAGAUGCAGCAAGAAAUUCCACGCCAACAACUGGAACAGCAGCAGUGCAGCAUGCAAUAAGCGAGCACGGCACCAACAGCACGACGCCGCGUGCGGGCACCAUCGGACAGCAGCACAGAAGGACAGCAAACCGGAUGUCGUAUGCGCACCAGCGGAGCCAGAGCGGCUGGGACAAGCUGUUCCGCAACAUGUCGCAGCGGUCCGAGUCGCACCCGGCCGAACACACGCACAGCCCAGCACCAGACGGCGACACCGAGUCGCGGGUGCCGGGCAUCGGCGAAGACACGCUUCUGCACGAAGACGUUCAGUAUGUUGACGAGUCUGAUGAUGCUGGCGAUGCCUUGGCUCUAGGCGGAUUCCCACGUGGCGGGGUCGAUAACCGCGGGCGGUCAGACACCGGCGCGUCGUCAACCGGCUCGGCUAUUCAGUACGCCAACAGCCACAUUGGCUCGACCACGCAGCUGAACACCCACUACGACAUUCCGCCCGAUCCACAGGAGCUCUCGCAGCCGCCAGAAAAGGUCAUGAAGCCGCCGCCCGAUGACGAUGAGGAGCACCCGACGUUUCUGCGGAACAAGAGCGCAGCGGCGUCGAUGGGCAAAUUCACACGAUUCCUGCACCAGGACAGCGAGGGUCUGCACCGCUCAUCGUCGGCACCGUCGUCGGCAUCGUCCUCAUCUAGCGCGACGGGGGGCGAGGAGGACGAAGAGAAGACAAACAAAAAUAAGCGCAUGGAGGAGCUCCGGCACAAGUUCAAGCGGGCUGUUCUCAAGGCCUCGGUGAUGACGCGCAAACCCCAGCAGAAGAUGAAGAGCUCGUUCCCGAAUGGCAUGUUCCCGUUCCUGCAGGACGCGCUGUUCGUGCCCAUGUUUUACUUUAUGCGCGAUGAGCACGGCCACCGCGCCCCGCCAGUCAUCUUCGAUGCGAUUUCGCUUGCAGUCACGGUCUCUGGCACCACCUUCGACUCUGAAGACCAGCACCACUUUGUUGUCCGCAUCGAGCUCCAGUACGGUGACAUCAAAUGGGUGAUCUACAGACGCCUCCAGGACUUCAUCACCCUGCACACCAUGCUGACGCUGCGCAAGUUCCAGGGCCGCGUCCACAAGCUGCCGACGUUCCCGCAGCAGUUCUCGUAUGCCAUCGAAAAGGCCAAGUCGUUUACGCCGGGCCACCAGCGCGUCAACCGCAUGAAUCAGGCCACGGUUGACCGCAAGCAGGCGCUCGAGAACUAUCUGAUCAAGGUGCUGCGCGCGAUGAACAUGCGGCCUGCGUACGAGAUCUGCACGUUCCUGGAGCUCAGCGCCGUGUCGAUUGUCAAGGAUGUCGGAUGGAAGGGCAAGGAGGGCAACCUGGACAGGCGAGUCGAGCACACGACUGGCCAGUGGUGCACCCCGCGUGACUUGCGGCGGUGGACGCGCCAAUGGGUGAUUGUGCGUGAUUCAUACAUUGCCUUCUGCAGCCACAUCUCCGAUCCCUACCCGACCGACGUGCUGUUUGCAGACUCGCAGUUUGACAUCAAAUUCCGCAAAAAGACCGGCCGCAAUCCGCUGUUUCCGUACCGGAUCACAGUAUCGAACCAGUACCGGCGGAUCCAGCUGCGCAGCGAUAGUGAACGCGUGAUCAACGAAUGGCGCCAUUCGAUUGAGCAGAUGAAGAACACGUCGGCAUGGGCUGUGCCGCACCGGUUUGCGUCGUUUGCGCCCAUCCGCGACAACAGCCGCUGUGAUCUGAACUGCACCUGCGGACGCCCAUACGCGCAGAACGAGGAAUACCGGCUUGAUCGGCUGCUCAAGCGCAAGGCCGAGGAGGGGGUCAAGAUCUAUGUGGUCGUGUACAAGGAGGUGACAGUGUCGCUGACCAUCAAUUCGGCAUACACCAAGCGCAAGCUGCAGUCGCUGCAUCCCAACAUCAUGGUCCAGCGCCACCCCGACCACUUGGCUGGAGGCACUAUGUUCUGGGCGCACCACGAAAAGAUGCUGAUCGUCGACAACACCUUCGCCUUCAUUGGCGGCCUGGAUCUCUGCUGGGGCCGCUACGACACCCACGGCCACCGGCUCGCCGACUACUACCUGCCAUACAAGGGCAAGCCGUACUCGCACCUGCAAAACUUCUUUGGCCAGGACUACAACAACGCGCGCAUCCACGACUUUGCCAACGUGAACGACUACGAGGAUACGCUGAUCAACCGGCGCACCACUCCACGCAUGCCCUGGCACGAUGUACAUAUGGCCAUGAUCGGCCAGCCGGCACGCGACGUGUCCAGGCAUUUCAUCAUGCGGUGGAAUUUCCUAAAGAGCUCCAAGGCCAUGGCCAAGACCCGCCUGCCAUUCCUGAUGCCCAAGGGCGAGUAUUCGGUCUCCCGCAACGACCUGCAGUACCGCGGUUCCUGCCGCACCCAGGUGCUGCGCUCCUCGGCGGAGUGGUCGCUGGGUAUCAGCAAGGAGAGCUCGAUCCACACAGCGUACUGCGAGAUGAUCAGGGAUGCAAAGCACUUUAUCUACAUUGAGAACCAGUUCUUCAUUUCCAAUGCCCGCGAGGACUCCGGGUACACAAUCAAGAACCGCAUUGCUGAGGCCCUGGUGGACCGGAUUAAGCGCGCGCACCGCCGCAAGGAGAAAUUCCGCGUCAUCGUGCUCAUGCCUCUGAUGCCUGCCUUCGAAGGCGAUGUCAAUGCCGCUGGUGCCGCAACGCUCAAGCUCGUCAUGCACUGGCAGUACCAGACCAUCUGCCGUGGCGACCACUCGAUCAUGAGCCAGCUUGAAAAAGACGGCAUCAACAUGCACGACUACAUCCGCUUCUAUGGCCUCCGCACCUACGACGUCAUUCGCCGGUACUCUGACAACGGCAUCGAACAGGACCUGUCGCAUAUUAUCGGCAAUGCACCGCUGGAACAGGGCGUGCCAACCAUCCCAAAGUCGCCGGCCGCUGCCACGCCAAGCGUCCACAUAGAGACUCCAGCACCGCCGGCCCAGCGCAGCCCGUCGCCGCCACCGCCCACUGGCCUGUCGUUCACCGAUCCGCCGCACAUGCCCGACGACUACUCGUUCCACAACACCAGAAGGUCGCGCGAAAUGACGCGCUUCUCGGAGCACAUCGAGCGGCCGACGCAGAAGCCGCCGAUGAUUGGCCGCAGGUCGUUCAACCUGCACCGGCCGACAUUCAUGAAGCGCCGGUCAUCGCUGUCUGCCCUGCCCAACCUGCUGUCGGGCAGCCGGGCCAAGCAGCCGCAGGAUGUGGAGCUCGAGUCGCUGGACUCGCUGUCCGACGAUGACUGGCCGCGUCCCGACACCGCCUUACGCUACCUGGUUCGUGGCACAGAGCACAUCAAGCACUCGGUCCACCGCGACUCGGACUCGGAGUUUGGCGGCUCGCAGGUGCAUCUGGAUAUGGCCGAUGUCGAUAACUACGUCCAUCCGUUGCCGCUGCGCGAAACCGGCGAUUCGGCCACACCCGUGUUCCUUGGCAGCAAGGACGAGAAGGGCAAGCAGGCCGACCGUGGUGCCAUGGCCGUGCUGCCCGAGAUGGCCGGCGCUGAGUAUAUGCGCGAGCGCCUCCAGGCUGAAUCCACGCCAGGCGCCAAUGCUGUAGGGCAUGUGCGCCAAAAGUCGUCCAAGGCGCCCACCAGCACACCGCGCCGUGCCAAUACUGUUGCCGGCACACAUACCCACACAUACCCGCCCGUGUCACGCACUGGCGCCCAGGUUCUUGAGCACGAGGUGUUUGGCAAGAAGCCAGACACCCCGCCACCCGCUCCACCCACACAGCAGCCACCGCAGCAGCGGCCGACGCCAGUCCCGCAUGGCCACACGUACAGUGGAACUCCUGCCUCUGCUGACCAGCCCGAACCCGAGAUUGUAGACCAAAUCGUCACUGAGCUCGUCUACAUUCACUGCAAGCUGAUGAUUGUCGAUGACCGCUAUGUGAUCAUGGGCUCGGCCAAUAUCAACGACCGGUCAAUGCCAGUGGUCACGACCAUGAACGGCCGGACAUACCAGGCCGCCAAAUUCGCCCAUUCCCUGCGCGUGCAGCUGUGCCAGGAGCACACUGGCGUUUUGGACUCCGUCGACCAGAUGCGGUACAUCAACGAAAUGUAUGUGGGCAAGCCGCCUGUGGAUACGAAGCACAGCGACGCACGGGCUGAGUGGACCAGGAACACAAAGAAGCUGAUCGAGGACCCGCUGUCGGACGACUUUUUCGCCAUGUGGCAGGAUACUGCCGAAGGCAACGAGCGCAUUUUCCGCGAUAUCUUCAGAUGCGUGCCCGACAACACCAUCGAGACCUUUGACCAGUACAAGACGUUUAUCCCCGGUCCAGAGGUCCCGCAUGGUCAGGCACUGCCUGGCCGCUCGUCCGCCGACACUUUGGAGAUUCUGAAGAAUGUGAAGGGGCACUUGGUGCCGAUUCCGAUGAACUUCUUGAAGUACGAGAAUUUGGGCGUCAAGCUCGGCGAUAAGGAGAUGCUGGUGCCUGUGGAAGUCUUCACAUAAUCAACUAGCUGCGCAUAUGUAAUAUUGUGUUUUCGUUUAUUCUAUCCGUUCGAGUUUCCGCCAUUUCGCUAUAAUAUAUAUUUUUGAUGUUUUG